AGUACGAACAAGUAUCAGGAUGGGCAUUCGAUGGAGCGAAACAUCAGGCCUUAGAUUCAGGAAAUAAUCCAAUUCAAGAACCCACCAAAAUGGCCCGAGCCAACGUUCACGAAUCAACGGUUAUCCACGGUUUGAUCGACUGAGUACUGGCAGCCCAGCAUUAAAGUUUGGGAUGCACGUAUAAUCAUGCAAUCGUCACCUCUUCCCCCAGCUAGCUGUUAUUCAUCUGGUCCAGGAUUAUCACCGACUCUCCCACAUGGCCUUCCAACGCUCAGAGUACGUGCAGGACGAAAAAGUCGAAGAAGGGCCUGCGCAGGACGACAAGAUCUCAAUCGACGAAGACCUCGAUGGGGCUAAUGCAUCCAAUCUUCAUCGAUAUUUGAACCUUCAGCUCGAUACUGGUAAUGAACAUACCAACUUUCGUCGAAAAUGGUGGCAGUUGUGGUUAUCUAAGGACCCUCCGCCUCCAGCUCCCUCGUCUCUGGAGGAUGCAGCACUGACGCCUUUGGCCAAUGCUUCCAUUGUCUCUCGGCUGACUUACUCCUGGGCCACCAGUUUAAUGGUUCUCGGAUAUCAACGCACGCUGCAAGCGUCUGAUCUACAUAAAAUGGACACAUCCCGGGAGUCAGCCGUCCUCGCCGCCAAACUCGAAGCUGCAUGGCAACGGCGUGUUCAGGCAGCAGCCGACUGGAACGCACGUCUUGAGAGUGGAGAGCUCAAGCCGUCUCUCUUGAAGCGUACUGGCUGGGUCUUGCGUGCAAUCCCCAGUAAAGGGCACGCACAAGGCUCGACUUGGUCCGAGCGACGUACAGUAUUUCACAAACGCUGGCAAGAAUGCGACGGACGAAAAGAAGCCAGCCUUACAUGGGCUUUGAACGAUGUCUUUCGUAAUUUGUUCUGGAUUGGAGGCAUAUGCAGGGCACGAGUCUUCCUCAUAAAUCGUCGCUGUCAUAAUAAAUUUACCAAUGUCAUGCAGGUCCUCGGUGAUACAACACAACUCAUGAGUCCUCUCGUCCUUCGGCAAAUCAUCGUCUUUGCAGAGGAGCGUUCCGCUGCGAUUGCUGCCGGAGAAUCCGUCCCCAAUGUCGCUCGCGGUAUUGCCAUGGCUUUUGGACUCUUUUUGCUUAGCGUGACUCAAAGCGUCUGCACCCACCAGUUCUUCUGGUGUUCAAUGGCAACAGGCUUGUUGACCAGAGCCGCACUGGUAACGUGUAUUUAUGAGCGUGGGUUGAAGCUCACAGGCAAAGCGCGUGUCAAACUCAACAAUGCUGCGCUGGUUAACCACAUUUCCACUGACGUGAGUAGGAUUGAUAUGGCCGCUGAGUGGUUUCAUGGAGCCUGGACAGCGCCUAUCCAGGUCAUAAUUUGUGUAAUCAUUCUUCUAAACGAGCUCGGACCGUCUGCGCUCGCUGGUUGCUCUCUUUUUGUCCUCUUCAUUCCACUUCAAGAACGGUUAAUGGCCCUGCAGCGCAGUAUGCGCUUGGGGUCAAUGAAGUGGACUGAUCAACGUGCUAAAGUCCUGCUAGAGAUACUCGGGGCCAUACGAGUGGUCAAGUUCUUCUCCUACGAGGUUCCUCUUCUUCAAAGAAUCUUCGAGCUUCGAAAGAAUGAAUUGCGUGGUAUUCGACGGAUGCUUCAUUUAACUUCAGUAAAGCAAGUUCAGACUAUGGCGGUCGCGCUUUCACUCCCAGUUCUCGCUGCUACACUAGCCUUCGUAACAUACACCCUCACAGCGCACGACUUCGACAUUGCUGCCAUAUUCGUCUCGCUGAGUCUGUUCCAGAUUCUCCGGCAACCAAUGAUGGCCAUGCCACGCGCUCUGGCUACCAUCCCUGACGCAUCCAGCGCCAUCCAGCGGCUCACACGCGUGUUCCACGCUGAGCUUAUGUCUGAAGAUACGCUCGUGAUCGACAAGGACCAAGAGCUCGCGCUCGUGGUGAAAGAUGCGACGUUUGAGUGGGAGUCUUUCGAAAAGGACUCCAGUGAAGCUUUCAGCUCGAAGAAGGACAUGGGUAAGGGCAACAGCGUGAAAGAUGACAAGGCGAAGGGGCAGCCCGCUCCUGGAAAGGAUGCACCGCUCUUUAGGGUCAAGAAUGUGACCAUGGCCAUCCCACGAGGUCGGCUGGCCGCCGUGGUCGGGCCUGUCGGAAGCGGCAAGUCCAGCUUGUUGCAAGGAUUGAUAGGGGAGAUGAGGAAAGUCUCCGGGCAAGUCUCGUUCGGUGGUCGCGUCGGCUAUUGUCCGCAGACCGCAUGGAUCCAGAAUGCAACCCUGAUCGGAGAAAGGGGCAUCAAUCUCAGUGGCGGCCAGAAGCAGAGAGUCAACAUCGCUCGUGCUCUGUACUUCGACCCUGACAUUGUCAUAUUCGAUGACCCGCUCUCAGCGGUGGAUGCACACGUCGGAAAGUCGUUGUUCCAAGAUGCCAUUUUGGGCGCCCUGCGAAAUCGUGGCGUCACCGUCAUUCUGGUCACUCACGCGAUCCACUUCCUUUCGCAGGUAGAUCACAUCUACACACUAAACAACGGCGUCAUCACAGAAAGCGGAACCUAUGAUGAACUGAUCUCUCGCGGCGGGGACUUUGCGCGUUUGGACCUCGAGUUCGGCGGCCAUGCUUCUGAGGGGAAGGACAACGACCGAGCAGAGGAAGUCGCUCCGCAGACGAGCAUCACCGUCGAGCUCGUGAAGUUGAAGUCAGAAAGAACCAGAGACAAGGCUACCGGCAGCGGUAAACUCGAAGGUCGCUUGAUGUCACAAGAGAAGCGGUCGACGGGUUCUGUGUCCUGGAGAGUGUACUGGACCUACUUGGUUGCAGGACGCGGUUCGAUCAUGGGACCUCUGAUUAUUUUCUUCAUGAUUGCGGCGCAGGGAAGCCAAAUCCUGAACUCGUAUACGCUAGUUUGGUGGGAGAGCAACAAAUUCAACCGACCGAACUCAUUCUAUCAAACGCUGUAUGGGUGCCUCGGCGUUUGUCAGGCAGUCUUUACGUUCUUCCUUGGUGCUGGAAUGGACAUUGUGGCGUCUUAUGUGUCUCAAAACUUGUACCAGAAGUCCGCACGCAACAUCUUUUAUGCGCCCAUGUCCUUCUUUGACACUACGCCUAUGGGCCGAAUCCUGAGCAUUUUUGGCAAAGACGUCGACGCUAUCGAUAAUCAGUUAGCAUUGGCAUUAAGAUUGUUUGUUCUUUUACUAUCCAUGGUGAUGGGCUCUGUCAUCAUCGUUGCUGCCAUCGAACCGUACUUUGUUAUUGCCGUCUUCUUCAUCGCCAUCGGUAACAGCUACUUCGCUGCCUUCUAUAGAACCAGUGCCCGCGAGGUCAAGCGCCUGGACUCAAUGCUUCGCUCUCUUCUGUAUGCCCACUUUUCCGAGACAUUGACAGGACUUCCUACCAUCCGAAGCUACGGAGAAAUGAAGCGGUUCAUUGACACCAACAGAUACUAUGUCGAUCUGGAGGAUAGAGCUCUAUACCUCGUGAUUACUAACACGAGAUGGCUUGGUGUAAGGUUAGACUUCAUGGGAGGGGUGAUGGUCUUCUUUGUCGCUCUUCUCGCAGUGACCAACGUCUCCGGGAUCAAUGCCGCCCAGAUAGGACUGGUACUGACGUAUACCAUCAUGUGCGGUGUCGUGGUCCAACAGACGGCCGACGUCGACAAUUCCAUGAAUGCAGUGGAACGAUUGGUGGAGUAUGUCGAUUGCAGCACGAUCCCGCAGGAGGCGCCGCAUGUGAUCGAAGCACGCAAGCCCCCGGCGCAGUGGCCUGAAUGUGGUGCUGUCGAGUUUAAAGAUGUCAAGAUGGCAUAUAGACCUGGCCUUCCCAACGUAUUGAUGGGCAUCUCAGUCAAGGUCGAAGGAGGUGAAAAGAUAGGUGUCGUUGGAAGGACCGGUGCGGGAAAAUCUUCGUUGAUGCUUGCGUUGUUUCGAAUCGUCGAGUUGUCUGGUGGUUCCAUUACUGUCGAUGGUGUCGAUAUAUCUACGAUUGGUCUUAAAGACCUCCGCUCCAGGAUUUCCAUCAUCCCUCAAGAUCCUCUUCUCUUUAGCGGGACCAUCCGGUCCAACCUGGAUCCAUUCUCCCAACACAGUGACGCAGAAUUAUGGGAUGCGCUACAUCGGUCUUGUCUUGUUGAUUCCAGCACCACCUCGAAACACACCUCUGGUAGCGAUGUCAUCGAGAGGGAGCAAACUUACACCACCCGCUAUGACCUUGACAGAACCAUCGAGAGCGAGGGAGCGAACCUGAGUGUUGGAGAAAGAUCUCUGCUCAGUCUAGCUCGUGCGUUGGUGAAAGAUUGCAAAGUCGUCGUGCUCGACGAGGCCACAGCCUCUGUUGAUCUCAACACCGAUAGCAAGAUCCAACAGACGAUUCAGACGGAAUUCAAGGACCGCACGCUACUUUGUAUUGCUCACCGGCUUCGAACUAUCAUUUCGUACGAUCGGAUUCUGGUCCUCGAGGCCGGCCUUGUUGCAGAAUUUGACACUCCAUCCAAUCUAUUCAAGAUGGAAGGUGGGGUUUUCCGCGGAAUGUGCGAGAGGAGUAAUAUUUCUUUGAAAGAUAUAGAGACAAGUAGACAGGUUUAAAUGAAGGAGCUUUAUAUUGAUCCGGAAUUCCUUUUCGUGUGGUUCAGGCCUGCAUACUGUUGUUUCCGCAGAUAGUACCAAUAGACGUAGACUAGAUCCCUACUUGUAUGUAUGUUUUAUCGUGAUCUUGAAAUUGAUAUCUUCGGUCAGAUCGGGAAUACAUAUGCAUUUGUUCGAUCAAACGAUGGGAACACAAGCAAGCAUGAAUACAAAACACACAUCAACCCAACAGUCCUUUGACAUAAUUCAAUAGUUCUCGUCCCUGUGAGAUGGGCAAUCAGUCUGUGAUCGAGACUCUAGUUGUGCACAUGAACUCACCCCUUUGCUCUUUACCCCCGCU